UCAGCAUCUGUUGUAAGAUCGCUUGAGCGAUCAGUUCAUGGAAGGUUGCGGAUGCUUUGAUGACGGCAAGGACGGCAGCGAGACAAAGUACCGCGGAGUGCGACGCCGCCCGUCGGGCAAGUUCGCCGCGGAGAUCCGCGACUCGUUGCGGCAGAGCGCGCGCAUCUGGCUUGGCACGUUCGAUACGGCCGAGGAAGCGGCGCGGGCGUAUGACCGCGCGGCGUACCGCAUGCGAGGGCACCUCGCCGUGCUCAACUUCCCCUCGGAGACGCAAAACUAUGUGCGCGGAUCGUCGUCUUCCCAGCAUCCACAGCAUGGAGGUGGUGCGAGCAGCCAGCAGGUAAUCGAGCUGGAGUACCUGGAUGAUAAGGUACUGCAGGAUCUUCUGAUCAAGGACGGCAAGGAGAAAAGGCGUUCAUAGAACUGCUACCUGCCGAUUAUCAGAUAAACCGUGCAUGCCUCAUCAUAACCUAAUGUCCUCAAUGAUGGAUGGGAUCAUCGAUCCAUCGAACUUCUUAUACCCAGAUCCUAGAAUACCAGGUGUUAAAUAAAGAACUCUGCCGAUGUCAUAAAUCAGCAGGUCGGUGCUUACAUAUAUGUAUAUGCAUGUGUGAGCCUGGAGUAAUAUUUCGUGCUGCCAAUUACAAUGAU